AUGGCCACUCCAGCGACCAAUCCACCGCCCAACUCGCGCAACCGCAGUGCCUCUCGAACACGCCUACCAUCCCGCCCCACGACCCCUCUCCGCCCGCCCUCGAGAACGAGCCUACGGGCCUCGCAAACAACACCAUCCGGCGGCGCAUCCACUUCCUCCUCAGACUUCCCUCUCGCCUCCCUCGAGCCUGCGUUUGCAGAAUUGAGCGACAGCAUGGCCGACCUCGAAGCCAACUUCAUGCACCUACAAUUGCUCAAUGAGAGCCUGGGACGCUUCAACGAGAACUUUGGCGCAUUUCUGUAUGGGAUGAAUAUGAGUGCUUUUUGUGUGGACUUUCCUGAGGCACCAAUACCCCAAUCCUUCGCAAGACACAAAGACAGCCAGUCGCAGACGCAGAACUCGCCGUUUCGCGAUCGCAACACCGGUGGAGGAGGUGAUAUGGAAGCGACGUUCCUGACGACGGAUACUUCGUUUGUGGAGAAUCCGCCUACCAGUUCUAAGCCGGCGAGCAAAUACUCGGCACCGCCUUCUGCCGCGAGUUCGAGGCAGAGUGCUUUGCCUGGGAGGGGAGGCGCUGGGAGUAGAGGAAGGGCUGGAAGUGGGAUUGGGAGAGGGAGUACGAGGGGUGGUGCUGCUGGUGGGACGAGAGGAGGGAGCGGGGCUGGGAGGGGUACAAGCACGGAGAGAGGGAGGGGGUUGAGGUAG